AUGGCGACAACCACACCCUACCCAGGCCGAGGCUUUGGCAGUCGCGGCGGCGGUGGCGGCGGCGGCGCAUCGGGCGCAGGACCCUCCAACACCUUCGGCGGCGCCGGUGGCGGUGGUGCGACGCAUCAGCAGCGGGAAGCGCAGCGCUUGGAGCGCGAGCGGGCGGAGCGAGCAGAGCGGGAGAGGUUGGCGGAUGCAGGGCGGGGCGAGAUUGCAGAGCUGAGUGACGAGCAGAGAGAGGAGAUCAACGAAGCAUUUCAACUCUUCGACCUCGACAAGGACGGCCACAUCGACUACCAUGAGCUCAAAGUCGCCAUGAAAGCCCUGGGCUUCGACCUGCCCAAGCAAGAAAUCCUCAACAUCCUCCGCGUUAACGGUAUCCCCGCCAACAACAUCAACAGCAAAUCCAAAGCCCCUGCGGCCGCUAACAGCAACCCGGCCUUCACCGGCCCUACGCGCCUACUCCUUCCCCUCCAAACUUUCCAGGCCAUCAUGGCGCAUCGCAUCAUAAGCCGCGACCCGAGGGACGAAAUCAUGCGGGCCUUCGAGCUGUUCGAUGAAGGAGGCAAGGGCAAGAUCACGCUGCAGGACCUGCGGCGGGUGGCCCGAGAGCUGGGUGAAGGAUUGCAGGAGGAAGAGUUGACGGCAAUGAUCGAAGAGUUCGAUCUGGACGGAGACGGCGCGAUUGGGAGGGAGGAGUUUGUGGGGAUAUGCUUGGGUUGA